AAUUGGAGAAGAGUCACAUGCAACUUCCAUCCAAUCACCAUCAUCGUUUUUAGCUCGUGGGGGCUUGGACAGAAUCUUCCAUUUGCACUCGCUGCUACUGAGACCAGGAGAUACCGAAUGAGACGUCCUUCCGCCGUUGUGAAGACACACACGGGAAGGACUGCAACGCUGUCAUCUUCUGCAAAUAAGAUCUUUUUUAUCACUAUCAGUCACAGAUUAAAGCAACAAUGCCUCCACCAAUGCGCCAUCGCUCCAUGCGUGUUUUCAUGAACGAUGACCGCCACGUCAUGGCCAAACACUCUGCCAUCUACCCAACUCAGGAGGAACUGGAAGGUGUUCAGAACAUGGUGUCUUGUACAGAGCGUGCCCUGAAGGCAGUCUCUGACUGGCUGGAUAAGCAGGAGAAGGGAACAUCCAAAUCUGACUCUGAUGGCACAGAGACUGAUAAGGAAAGUGAGCUGAAAGACCAAGCCACUCGCUCACUGCGUGGUGUCAUGAGAGUAGGCCUGGUUGCCAAGGGGCUGCUACUGAAGGGGGACUUGGACCUGGAGCUGGUGCUCCUCUGUAAGGAAAAGCCUUCCAUUAAUCUGCUGAAGAGAGUGUCUGAAAACCUUGAUUCACAGCUCAAGCUGAUUGUAGAAGACAAAUAUGUGGUGACCUCGGACAUCCGUGAAGCCAGUAUUGCCAUUAAGAACACCAGUGAGCCCCCACUCACGCUUACAAUUCACCUGACGUCACCUUUGGUUCGCGAGGAGAUGGAGAAGGCUGCAGCUGGAGAAACGCUUUCAGUCAACGAUCCCCCGGAUGUUCUGGACAGGCAGAAAUGCCUAACUGCCUUGGCAUCUCUCCGCCACGCUAAGUGGUUCCAGGCUAGAGCAAAUGGACUCCGCUCCUGUGUCAUUGUCAUCCGGAUACUGAGAGACCUGUGUGUCCGUGUCCCUACUUGGGCCCCGCUUCGUGGUUGGCCCCUGGAGCUGAUCUGUGAGAAAGCCAUUGGUACAGGGAACCGGCCCAUGGGGGCGGGAGAAGCUCUGCGGAGAGUUUUAGAGUGUCUGGCUUCAGGGAUCCUCAUGGCAGAUAGUGCAGGAAUCUCUGAUCCAUGCGAGAAGGAGCCUACAGAUGCUGUUGGUCACUUGGACCACCAGCAGAGAGAAGAUAUCACAGCAAGUGCACAACAUGCCUUAAGGCUGUCAGCCUUCGGACAGCUUCACAAAGUGCUUGGAAUGGAUCCCCUUCCCUCUAAAAUGCCCAAGAAACCUCCUAGGAAGAUUCCCAUUGAUUAUACUGUGCAAAUCCCACCCAGCACAGCAUAUGCCCCACCAAUGAAAAGGCCCAUUGAGGAAGAAGAGGGAACCGACGACAAGAGUCCAAAUAAGAAGAAGAAAAAACUGCAGAAGAAAACUCCAGAGGACAAGGCUGAGCCUCCCCAGUCUAUGAAUGCUCUGAUGAGGCUCAAUCAGCUGAAGCCUGGUCUCCAGUACAAACUUGUAUGUCAGACUGGUCCGGUUCAUGUUCCGGUCUUCACGAUGUCUGUCGAAGUAGAUGGAAAGUCCUUUGUGGCUUCUGGUCCGUCCAAACGCACUGCCAAGCUCUAUGUAGCUGUAAAGGUCCUGCAGGACAUGGGUCUGCCCACAGGAGUUGAAGUAAAGACUGAACCAAUAAAAGUAGAGGAGACUGAAGUACCUGCCACCAUUGAGGAUGUGAAGCCAGUGAUAACACCCUUUGAAAUUAGCACAACUGCACCAGCAGCAGACAGUGCAGACACCACUAAUGCUGCAGAGACUGCCCGUCAGCAGGGACCAAUCCUUACUAAAAAUGGCAAGAAUCCCGUCAUGGAGCUCAACGAGAAGCGCCGUGGCCUCAAGUAUGAGUUGAUCUCAGAGACUGGCGGCAGCCACGACAAGCGCUUUGUCAUGGAGGUGGAGAUUGAUGGUCAGAAGUUCCAGGGGACAGGGUCCAACAAAAAGGUGGCUAAGGCCUAUGCUGCACUGGCUGCUUUGGAGCAACUAUUCCCUGAAGGUGUUGUGGCUGAGGCUGCUAAAAAGAAAAAGGGACCACCCAUGCACACUCCAGGCUUUGGAAUGAUGGGAGCCCCUGGAGAUGAAGAUGUAGGUAUGCCCAGAGGCAGAGGAAGAGGGCGUGGCCGCGGAAGGGGCAGGGGCUUCAAUAAUGGAGGAGGCUAUGGCCAAGGAGGUAACAACGGUGGCUUCGGAACAUAUGGUUAUGGGAACAAUGCUGGAUACAAUUACUACAACAAUGGUGGCACAAAUGGAGGAGACGGGGAAUCAAGCAGCCCAUCAGACGGCCCACUAGCCAGCCCAGCACCAGGAUCAGCACAGGGCUCCUAUGGUUCAUACUACCAGAAUGAUGGAGGCUACACUGCCACUUCUGCUGCCAAAGCCCCAAAAAAGAAACCCGCCAUGCACAAAGGAGGCAAGGCACCCUUUUCAGGUCCUCCAGGAACAAACACUGGACCUUCGGGAGGCUACCAGUCCACCAGCCCCGUUGGCCAGGGCUCCUAUAACCAAUAUGGCCAGAAUUAUGGACAGGGAAAGAAGAAUUUCAACCAGAACCAGGGAGGAGCGGGUGGAUAUAUGUACAGCACAGCCUACCCCAGCCAAGUGACGGGGGGCGCUGGAGGUAGCCAAGACUACAGUUAUGAAGGUUUCAACAACCAGUCCAAUUACAACGCACAGGGAGGAGGAGUUGGUGGAAGCAACAACCAGGGUUUUGGCAGCAAUCACUCUCAGUACCACAACCCUACAGGCUAUGGCAGAGGAGACAGCAGCAUGAACUACCAGUACAGAUAGACUGUAUGACUCAAUGUCUAUGAAUCUUGGGCACCAACCACCCUGCAGUGUCAGACGCCUGCUCCAAAGAAAGUUGAUUGACAGUUUGCUUGUGCUCUCUGCCUUUUCCACAUUAGCUUCGUAUGUGCUUUUAAGUUUAUAUGUAGCACAUGUUGGCACAAAAUAAGAUGUCAGACCUGAGUUAUGGCUGAAUAUAGUGGUCUGUUCCAGUGGUCUGGUCUGUGCUUAGUCUUGUGUUUUUAUGUUAUUCUAUUUUUUUUAUUAUUGUUAUUUUAUCAGUACUACCAGUCCUUAUCCUCAUCACUCAAUAUCAAUGCUGAUGUUACAAAUUACUGACUCACUAGCUCUGGCUUUUCUUUUGUUCCUCCUGUGAGUGUAAACUUUUUUUUUUUCGUAUGAAACUAGUUUUAAACUACAAACAUUGUAUUUUUUGUAACAAUUUAAUAGGCCAAACAAGCUUGGUCUUUUCUUCAGUGAGAUUAUUUUAUUUUACUUUUUAGUUUUUUUGUGAUGUAGUUAUUUUUAAACUGUUUCAGAGAUUACUGGAAACUACACAUACAUUCUGAUGUGAAAUCUACAUUUCUGCUCAAUGUAACUUUUUGAUUGGGUGGGAUUUGUUCCUGUUCAUGUACAACAGUGUGAAUUAAAUGAUUUUUAUUUUGAAAAGAGUUCUCAAAAUGUUUGUACCACUGAUAAUUAAAUAAAUCAUUGGUAAUUAA